CGAAACUCAGAUGGCGCUUCACCCUGACUCGGACGCGUUCCACAUCAUGGCGCAUGCAUGCGAAUAGCCUCCUAUUUCGCACAACGGAGCCCUGUCCGCAAUUUGCCCCAGCUUCAAUAAUGGUCUUCCCUCGGCCCUUCAGCUGUUCAUUCCUUGCCUCUUUUCGUUCUAUAUUCUCUAUUUUUAUCGAAUAAUAAUAUACCUAAUAUCAUUUCGGGGCACUCCAGCAUCAAGUAUUCAGCGCAUCCACUUCCAGCAUUGAGCCCGUUGAAGAUCCAGCAAUUCCCGACAACCCCAUCUCCACCAAAAGCAUGUCAUCUACCACCAUCGUCAACAGAAAGCUCUCCGUCCUGUCCGUCAGCUCACCAACCUCGUACCAAAAUCGCCAAUCCCAACUCUACCGCGAACUAGAACUGCUCCUCGACUUGACACCCAGCACGUUCAGCUCAUCUCUCCUGCGCCUGCCCACAGAGCUGCGAGCCCAGAUCUUCACCCACCUCUUGCCGCCGACGGAAAAUGCGCGCACAGAGCUACACACCUGCCUUUGGGGCGCAGAAAUGCACGCCGCAGAGCCCUGGCGCCACUCCAUCAUCGGCUACGGAUCAAAAGUGCCCGGCUCCUUACGCCUGCACCCAGCGCUCCUCCUCAUCAACAAGAAGCUGCGCGACGAAGUCCUGAAACUGUACUGGGGUAGAAGCCAACUCACGCUGCACGCGGAACUGCGCAACACGAAAUUCCAAAACGACCUCUUCGACUACUCGCCGCACAUCCUCAAGCUGCCGCUGCUCGCCUGCGCGACGCACGUCCGCUUCUAUGUCGAGUGGAAUUACACGCUGACCAAAGCCGCGAGCGCGCAGCAGCGCAUGGACGACUACGUGCGCAUGACGGACGACUUCUGCAAGGCCAUGGACGAGAUUCUGGCCCGGAUGGGGCGCGUCGAGGGCAUCGAGCUGAGCGUCUUGUUCUUCUGGAAGUACAGGAGCGGCAAGGUGUACGCGCUGACGAUGGGAGAUCUGUUCGAGGUUGAGGACGUGCUGAAGAAGUAUGCCGAGCCCAAGUGGUUGGGGAUAUUGCAGAAGGCGCAGGGCAGAUUAGGCGGACUGAGGGCGAGCGCGGUGAGCAGUCCAGGGUUGGCGCCGGGCGCAGGCGUGGGGUACAAGCUGAGUAGUGAGAGGAAGGGGUUGGAGCAAAGUGGGGGCAUGGAGAUCUUUGUGAGUCGGGACCUGGAGGCGUGUAUGGGGAAGAAGAGGAAGGAGGUGGAUUAUUAUGGGAAUUUCGCGGUGAACGAGACGCUGCCGCAGCCGGGUUAUGAGGCGGGGAACAUGAUUUGAAGAGUUCAGAGAGUAGGACAUCGUGAAAGAAACAUCAUAUAGCCUAAAGUGUGGCUAUUUUCAGAUAUCAGUAAACGCCAUAAAUUCAAGUAUUGGG